AUGGGAAUUAAGCUGGGUCUGACGUUGGUUGGGUAUGAAGAUGAAGUUGUGGAACGAAUUAUGCAGAUGGAAAAUGAGGACAUGGAUAAAGUGAAAGGGCAAGGGGGGAAACGAUCAAGGAUUAAAGAAUUGCUGAGAAUGAAAAGGGUAGAUAUGGUCUUACUUCAAGAAACAAAACGAUCAAGCAUUGAUGCUAAUGUUAUUCGCUCUCUGUGGCCAUCUAACUUGGUGGAGUUCAUGGUUGUAGAUGCGAUUGGCACUGCGGGAGGAAUUCUAUGCAUUUGGAACCCGGAGGUUUUCCCCCUAAAAGGGUGUUGCUGCUAUACGAGCUUUAUCCUAUUAGAAGGUACUAUCCACUCUAAUCUUAACUGUGUUGUUGGUAACAUUUAUGCACCUAAUGAUGAUGAGAAUAGGAGAAAGUUGUGGACCACUUUAGUCCAAUUAAAGUCUGUCUUCCCUGAUCCAUGGUGCCUUGGGGGGGAUUUCAAUGAAGUCAAAACUAUCAGUGAAAGAAAAGGGUGUAUCAGGAGGGACAGAGGCAUGGGAGAGUUCGGCAACUUCAUUAGCUCACUUGAACUGGUGGAUAUUUCCAUGUUGGGUAGGAGGUAUACCUGGGGAAAUUCUCAAAGUUGGAGUAGGAUUGAUCGGUUCCUAGUGAAUCCUGAGUGGUUGGAGUGGUACAAAUAUAAAGUUUGGGGGUUACCUAGACUCUUCUCGGAUCAUAGCCCUAUUCUGUUGAUGGAGGAUGGUAGGGAUUGGGGGCCAAAACCCUUUAAGUUUAUAAAUGCUUGGGUCCUGCACCAUAAUUUUUUAGAGGAAGUGAGAAGAGUUUGGGAUUCAACAUUGGUUCAAGGUUGGGCAGGCUAUGUAAUCAUGGAGAAGCUGAGAGCUCUGAAAGCGGCCUUAAAACAAUGGAAUCUGUCAGUGUUUGGAGAUGUAGAUUCUAAGUUGAAAGAAGCUGAAGCUGAACUACACUCUCUGGAUUUGCAAUCUGAACUUAGGGACCUGGAUGAGGUGGAAAAGGGUAGAAGAAAGGAGGUAAGGGGUGAGGUUUGGAAGCUUAGAAAAAGGAAACCCAACAGAGCCAUUACCUUGAUAUUAGCUAUGGACCAUGUUGUAUAA